AUGGCCCAUAAAAACCAAGUUGGUGGAAUGGAGAAAAACGAGUCGCUUUCCCCUGUCCUCUACUCUAAGAGUGACUUAAAGGAAGACUCCCUGCAGUGGGUGGAAGAACCCCUCAGUGGCCAGGUCUUCAUGGUGCUCAGCAUGGACAACAACUGCUCAGCCACCUCCUUUGACAUGGAGCUUUGUGCAGAGAAACUCCAGUCUCUUGGGGUUCAGGUGGCAGCGGAUCAGUGGAGAAGGUUGAUCCAGGAUGCUGUCCUGAAGCCUGAAGUGAGGCGAUACAUGUUCUACAACUCCAGAGCUUUCCAGAUAGCCAUUGCUGUGGUUUUCUACGUGUCUCUCUGGACAAACAUGUAUUCCACAGUCCAGCUGUGCUCCUUCGGACGCUACUGGGAGGCCAGUGUGCUGGUGACCCUGGCUGCCCUAGCAGUUACUGUAGUGGUGAUACUGAUUAUCAACCGUCGCCAGAGGAAGAUAAAUAUGAAUACAGAUGUGAGGCUGGCAGCUGUCAAUGAAAUCUUUAUCAAGCACAGUUUAAUUCUGGGGAUUACAGAUGUCCUGGAUGGGCCACACAACAUCCUACAACUGUGGUUCGUGCACUUCCGCCCGGAGCGCUGCCUCCAGUCCUUGUCAGCCCACAUCACGGACCUGCAGAGGACACGGCAGGUAGGCUUGCGGCACAGUUUGGACCAGCUCUGUGUGGUCAUGGAGACGGUGGUUCGGCCUGACUCGGGGACAGAGGAGAAGACUUUGUGUGAAGAGUCCCCUCUUUUAUCCAGUGGAGUGACCCUAAAUAAAAAGCCUGUGACAUGCAAUGAGCUACUCCACCUUGUUCCUGAGGGGCCAGCAGAGGUGAUGGCCCAGCAGCUCCUGGUGAUCUUCAGUGGAUGCUAUGUCCGGCUCUUGGCCACCGGCCGGCUCCCUCGGGCCAAGGCAAGGGGACACUUGGAGCACAGCAGCAUGCCCUGUCUCUGCCAGUUCAUCCAGACCACCGUGCUCAACACACACUGGAGCUGA